UUGAAUGAAGUUACACUCAGGUACCGUUAAAUGUUUCCAACACACAAAACGCCAAACCUCAGGAAUAAACGAAGAAAUAAAAAACAAAUAACCAAAUUCAACCGGCUGACCAAACGACAUACCGACCAUUACUCAAUAAGUCAAACAGUCAACAGCCAACAGCCAGACUAUUAGUGGAAUAAAGUAGGAGCCGCUACAUAAAUAAAUACUUAGUCACAAUGGACUCACGCAUCGGACUGGAUUACAUUGUCGAGAAUCGUGAAUACAUUUCGAAAUUGGGCACUGCAUUAGACACCAGUAAUGCCGUCGUUAAGAAGCAAGUUUUCGAAUUACUAUCUGCGCUGUGCGCCUACAAUGCCGAAGGCUACGCACGCGCAAUUGAAACUUUAGAAUUUUACAAGAAUCUCAAAAAUGAACGAUAUCGUUUCAAAAUAGUGAUAAACGAACUGGAAAAAACAUCCAAUGUUGAAUACCAAGCUGCCUUAUUGGCAUUCAUCAAUUGCGUGAUUAUAUCAGCAUCCAAUCUACAAGAACGUAUUCGAAUACGCAAUGAAUUUAUCGGUUUAAAAGUGUUGCCGCUAUUAAAUAAUUUAAGAAAAGUCGCACAAAGUGUGGGAGAUAUUAUUGUGCAAUUGGACGUAUUCGACGAACAGCGAGAAUGCGACGAAGCUCAGAGUCUACAGGGCCCAAAUGGCAUCAACUUGAACUCACAUCUUGAUGUAUUCUAUGCGAUAUUGCGACAGGUGGCUGACACGCCACAGGAAGUGCCAUUUUUAAGUAUAUUACAACAUUUAUUACGUAUCGAUCCCAAAGAGGCCAUCAGCGAUGUAAUCUGGGACACUACGGAGAAGCUAGUACAUCGCGCUACACUGCUGGAGAAUCAUGAGGACUCGGUGAGGCUAUUGCGCUCCCCAAGCGUACAAAAAUUCUCUUGUCCACAUUGUCGUGGUGACGCCACCAGCCCUAGUCGCAAAAAUACCGCCUCACUUUCUACCUCAGCUUCAUCGCAGCUACACAAUGGCCCGCUGUCACCAAUUUCAUCGCCACCACCGCCGCUACCACCACAACCCUCACAGCAACAAGCAACAACAUCGACGCCAGCAGUGCACAACGUGGCUACACCUCCGCCCCCCGCGCCGCCGCCACCAAUACCACCACCUCCAAUGAAUGGACUCAUUGGUGGAGCACCACCACCGCCACCCCCGCCCAUCAUGAACGGCAACUGCCUUGUAGCACCGCCCGUACCACCACCAGUACCCGGUGCUCCACCACCACCGGCACCACAACCGCCAGGCUCAGCGCAUUUGCUCAACCACCAUGCGCAUCCCACACGUCCCGUUACGCCAGAUAUGAGCUUGAAUGGUCAUAAUUUAGUAUUGCUACCACAACAAGAUACGCCAGCGCCCAAAUCGAAGAUGAAAACCAUCAAUUGGGGUAAAAUACCGCCGAAUCGCGUCAUUGGCAAGCAAAACAUUUGGACAAUUGUGGCUAAUAAUCACCAAGAUACGCCUAUGACGGACAUCGAUUGGAAUGAAAUGGAGGGACUCUUCUGUCUGCAGUCCACCAGCGCCCAAGGUUCGCCAAAAUUGGGACGUGAGAGCAGCAGUAGCUCUGGCUAUGAUACGCUCGAUCGGAAAUCGAAGAAGGAAAGCACGGAAAUAACGCUGUUGGAUGGUAAACGCAGCCUGAACGUAAACAUCUUUCUUAAGCAAUUUCGAAGUUCUAAUGAGGAUAUCAUACAAUUAAUAAGAGAUGGCGAUCACGAUGACAUCGGCGCUGAGAAGCUGCGUGGUUUAUUGAAAAUACUUCCCGAAGUCGAUGAAUUAGAUAUGUUGAAAACUUUUAAUGGCGACAAAAACCGUUUGGGUAAUGCGGAAAAGUUUUUACUGCAGCUUUUGGAAGUUCCAAACUACAAGCUACGUAUCGAAAGUAUGCUGCUGAAGGAGGAAUUUGCUGCGAAUAUCAGCUACCUGGAUCCAUGCAUCAACGCAAUGAUUUAUGCUGGUGGAGAUCUAAUGGACAACGAAAUGCUGCAGGAAGUACUGUAUAUGGUCGUAAUAGCUGGCAAUUUUCUCAAUUCGGGCGGCUAUGCUGGCAAUGCAGCUGGCGUCAAGCUCUCUUCGCUUCAAAAGCUUACCGAUAUACGCGCCAAUAAGCCGGGCAUCAAUCUUAUACACUUUGUGGCUAUGCAGGCAGAAAAACGGAAUCCAGAACUUUUGACAUUCCCAGCACAGUUGUCUACAUUGGAGAAUGCCUCAAAAACAACGGCGGAGCAAAUAAAUAACGAGAUAAAUGCCCUCGAUAGUCGUAUACGUAAAAUCAAAAGACAGAUCGAACUGCCCACCACUGAGGAUGAGAUUAAGGAACAAAUGCUAGAAUUUUUGGAGGGUGCCGAACGUGAAGUGGCUGUGCUGCAAGCAAACAUGAAGGAAGUGGAAGUGAUGCGCUUAAAAUUAGCAGAUUUCUUUUGCGAAGAUGCAGCACACUUUAAAUUGGAGGAAUGUUUCAAAGUAUUCCAAUCAUUCUGUGAUAAAUUUAAACAGGCUGUGAAAGAGAAUGAGCGCCGACAGCAGUUGGAAGAGCAAGCAACGCUGAGGCGGAAACAACGUGAAGAACAGCUGGCUAGACGCGCUAGACAACUUAGCCAAUGUGGCACGCCAGUAUCGGAUUCCGAAAACCAAUGUAGCAUCGAACGUAUGUUCGAGACGUCUGAUGGUAUAUCACCCAGUAUUACACCGAAUGGUAGUAUGCGUAAGAGACGACCUAGUCGUGUGUUGCCCGAAGAAGAUGAUCUUAUGGAGUUUCUGCGCACUUCGGGCCACGAACAUAUUAGCCGGGAUCGUAAAGCAUAUGGGAGCUUGGAUCGCUCUUGGGCCCGUCGUGCACGUUCUGGCAGUUCUAGUCGUAAACGUCCCGAACUAUUAAAUGUUGACUUCAGCGAUGAACGUGAGCGCGCCAGUUCGCCUGCGCCAAUGUUGAUUAUGGAUAAAAAAUCGCCAUCUUCACCGCAAGCUGGUGGUGGCACAACACCCUCUCCCACGCAGCAAGCCAGCGAGGAUACGAAACCGAGAAUAUCCCGUGAAUUUCGACAAAAAAUCGAAAAUUGGCUGCAGUCCAACGAGAACGAUGAGAAGCAAAACGAAGAAUUCAAACGUAAGCGACGUUUGGUUAACAGUAAUAGGCGAUCGCUUGAAAACGAUACAGAUAGCGAACGAAAAUUGGAUACCUUACCAGAGGAGAAAAUUAUGCCUACAACACCAACUACUACGAAUUCUACUAAUGCAGCACAAGCUGGCAACAAAAAUACUAUCAACACUAAUAACAACAACAAUAAUAACAACAAUAACUGCACUAACAAUAAUGCGAAUAACUAUAAACGUGUGUAUCCCGACUGGAAACCAUCGAAGACGAUUGAACACACCGAUGUUGUUGGUACAAUACAGGCUAUUGCUGAUGUGAGCAAUGCGAGAGACAAAUCACACUGGCGUAAAGGUAGCCGCAAUAGCGAGCUUGUGGAAAUGGACAAUGAGCAAUCGCAAGAACCUCAAUCUGCCAAAAAUCAACAUUUUACAACCGCUGAUGAACUGCGUGAAUAUAGGCGUCAACGCUCGUUAGAAAAUGCGGAAAAGCGUGCCACAUCACUUAAGUCCAUUGAGGAAGAAGAUCGACGUAGAUCGUAUAUACAGCAACUGGGUGAGCGAGAGGCAUCCGAUAUACUACAGAUUUACAUACGUAACCCGUCGUCGAAGGAGGCAGAGCAGGUCACAGACAAUAGCAUAAAGCAAAGAGCGGAAGUCGUUAAGUCACCGUCGCCACCAGCGGUUACAACGCCGCUGGUGAAAACAAAUAGCGAUGCCAAAGUAUGCGCUGAUAGCCGAAAAUCACCGCUUAGAAUAUUAACAAGUAGCUCAUUAGAAAACGAGAGCGCUUACAAAGCCGACAAUACGCGAGGUCAGCAUCACAAUGAAAACAGGAGUCACAAUGAAAAAUAUAGUCGCAAAGAGAUUGAUGCAGACAACAUAGAAACGCCGCCGGUAACGCGACGUGUCAUCGCCACACCAAAUAAAACCUUAGUCACCAUAAAUAAUGGACUGGAUAAGAUUAAAAGCAAUCAAGGGAAGCAAGGGGAACGCCAGGAGUCUAACGAGCAGGAUAUACCAGGCUUCUUUGAUCGUUAUUCAGCGACAAGGCGCACAAGACGUUAUAAGCGUCCCACAGAUUACAGUAGCGGUAAUGAAGACUUCUUAUCAACUAAAGACACAAAUGACUCGAAUAAUGUGCGGCAGUCAGCGAGCGCUGGCGACAUGGAAAGGCUGCAUGGCGUAGGUCAAGAGGCUCCAGUUAAGAAUAACAUUCCAAUAGAAAAAUCUGCAUUGGAUGAACCCACAACAAACGUUGCUUCGAAACCACACUCGGGACGCACGAUCACAAAGUUGGAGAAAGUUGGUCGCCACAUUAGCUCAAUCAAUCAGGAAGAUGUACAAGAAGCCAUACGAAAUCUCAAAUCACCAACGAAUACGCCAGAUCGGAUAUGGAGUCCGCCACGCGACAUGAUCAACACACAUUUAACAAGUACGUCAUCUGCCCAAAACACCAGUCAAAGCGCGCAUGGCGCUACAGUCAUUAAGUUAUCCAGCCAUGAGCUCAAUGACGAAGGCUUCGAAGAGACCCAAAGUCUUGUAUCGGAUACGCCAUCGCAAGGCAAGGAGAGCACGAACUCGUCUUGCAAUGGCGCCACCGAACUCGUUGCGCCACACACAAGAACCUCCACGACAAAAACUACAACACCAAAGUCCAGCACCCCCACCACCGCCAAACACAACUCGAAUAGACUUGCGGAUCGUCUACAAAUCGCUAAGCUGCGGAACGUGCUGCCACACAAAACUCCAGCCAUCUCCACCUACUCGCAAGCGAGCACAACGCGCCGUUCGCCAAACUCCACGCAAAUGGAUCGUAGUCGGUCAUUCCGCACAACAAACGGUCCAACAGUUGCGCAGCCGGUUUUCGGCGGCGGCCCUGGCAUCACCGGCAGCAAUGCAGCAAGGCGUGCACAUUCGAUGCGUCGUCCAGGCAGCGCCACACAUCCAGAUGCAACACAAAGUGUCAACACCUCACCAAUUCAUGCAGUUCGACGCGAGGUAGAACGUAGCAGUUCCCGUAAUAGCCUGCGUUCAUCGCGUUCAUCCAUCAACAGCGGUGUUUCGACCAAUACAGUACGUCGUAUGCCGAUCGUCGUGAGUAAAACGCCGUUACAAACGGUAUCAGUUGAUUCAUCACCCAGCAAGCGGCCACUAAGUAUGCAAAAUAAUGUGCCACCGCACCUGCGCAUUACGGCUAAUGUGGCGGCGAAUCGGUCGACCGUGCCGGCAAGUCGUAGUAGCAGUAGUGGUUCCAGUAUUGGCCAGCAUGUUGUGGUGACGCGCAAAGUAACGGGUAAUGGUAGUGGCGGUGGUGGAGGUGGUAGUCAGCGCUCGGUGCAUUUGGGCAGCGCGAGUUUCAAGGAGAAUCAAACAAAUGGCAUGCCAACGCGCACAAAUUUGGCCCGCAGCGCGGUUCUAGUCAAAGCGACCAUGUCACAACAGACCGCACCGCAAUCGACGACGCACACACGUGCGAAUAGUAGCACCCGAAGUAGUUCGAGUAGUCGUGGCAUGAGCAGCUUUAUGCGACCAACAGCGUCAAGCGUCACCAAGCGAACCAAAUAGGUUCGGAUAGAGGGGGAGAAUUUAUGUAUAUAUGUAUUUGUAAAUGUGUGCUUCGGUAUGUGUGCAUUGGGGGUGUUCUUAAUCGUGAACCGUAAUGGUAAUCAUUUUUCUAAUACUAGAAAUUAUAACUCGAUCGUUGUUUUUUACCCGUUGUUUUUUACGUGAAGUGAGCAGUUCGUUUAUUCGCGUUAUUUCGAAAACCGGUUUUGAAAUUAAGAAAAAACCGGAUAAACCGGUGUUAUUUUUUUGCAUAUUUUUUUUUAUAGUAGCACUUACUGUUAGUCAAAAGUCAUUACCAAACAUACAAUAUGACUGCUAAAAAUAGAAAGUUUAAUUUAAAAAUCAAGUAAAACAAAAAAAAUUAGUGAAAAAUUCACACAGUGAAAAAUUCACACUCAAUUGGGUUCGCCGAUCUUAGCAAGAUUAAACAGUCCUUUUUCGGGAAAAACUUGAGCAAGUAGAAUCGACUGUCUUGGGAAUAACACACCGCCCGCUAAACCAGACCGACUACUCUCGUCAAUUCUCGCUCCUUGAAUUCCAUCAUUAGACGAAGCGCUCGAGUUACUUCGUGAGGCUUGCGAUACUUUCACAUAACUCCAUUCUGAAUAUUGUAACAGGUUAAACUUUUCUGUCCAAUUUGAAUACGACGCGCCUUUAAAUUUUUAAAUAGUUUCUUGAAAAUUGUCCAGA